GACUCGCCGUGCGGUGGGAACGGAUAAAAGGAGCUCUUGUGUACACCAUUGCUAACUCCCGCAUCAACAUCCUCAACAGCACCACAACAUGCUGUCAUUACUUAAGGCCGCCAUCGAGGCCGAAGCCGCUACUCGUGCUGCCAACGCCGGCACCACCACCGCCCCUCCGGUCUCUGACCCCGAGGAGGCACGCAGAAGACAAGACCUCGUCCGCGGGAUGCGCACACUUGCUGCUCGCACCAAGGAAGAGCAGGCUGCCACUACCGCUGCUGCUGGCCCUCCUCUCAGUCUUCGUCGCAAUUCCUGCUCUGGAGCUCUCCCAUCUCAGAACAAGAAGUAAGCGCUCAUAGCGAGUCGCUGAACGAAGUCACAAGGGCAUGAGGCUCGGAAGGAGUCAAGGAACAGAGGAUAAUGGUGAACAAUCAAGACAUUUCCCCAACCCAAUACUUGUGCUUUCUUGCUCCAUGUUUCAACGUGCCGUGUGAUGUGACGAUCAACCU